AUGGAAGCAAUUAUCUCUCUUUCACCAUACUUAUUGGUAAAUAAUGUUUCUGCAGCCAAAGAACACAUGAUUACUUUAUGUAGUGAAAUAGCAAAACCUAUGACUGAUAGGCACUUGUUAUUCAAAAUAAUGUUUGAAUUGUUCAUGCGUUGUGAUCUCAAAACUUUUGACAUGAAUGAUGACUUGGACACGGAUGAAGAAUAUGAAGGCGACUUAAGUGUUGACAAUAUUUUACCAUUACUAGUUACCUGUAUUGAUUAUGAUGUCGAUGAUAGUAGUUUUAAGUCAGUGAUUGUAAGUAGUUAA